AUGAAACAACUACAUCUCCAAUCUACUCCAGCUCUUCCACAGACUCUCCAACUUACUCCAGCUCCUCUAUGGAAAUCAACUACCUCUUCAAGUACGGACACAACCCCUUCUUCAAGCUUUUCCACAUCAUCCUUGGAUUCCACCACUUCUCCAACUGACAUCACCUCAACUACCACCACUGAGGACUCCAGCUCCUCUACUUACUCAAGCUCUUCCGCUACUCCUCGUCCAGCUCCUCUUGGAGCCCACCAUUUCUUCUACUUCCCAAGCUCCUCUAUGGAUUCAACCACGUCCCCCUUCCAAUCGACCACUUCUCCAACUGAUUCCUCCUGUGGAUUAACACCUCCACCGCCCCCAGCACCCAUGAGGAAACCAACCACGUCUUCAAUCUACUUCACCCUCUUCCAACAACUCCCAUUUUUACCACUCCUCUAUGGAAAUCAACCACCUCGUCAAUUUUGGGACAACCCUUCUUCAAGCUACCCUCAUCCAGCUCCCCCUUUUGGGAAAGCCCACCAUUUCUUCCUACUUUCCAAGCUCCCUAGGGGAUUCAACCACUCCCCCUUUCCAAUCGACCACUUCUCCACUAAAAUCCUCUUUGGAUUCCCAAUACUUCGCUUAGCUCCCACCAUUGAGGAAACCCACCAUGUCUUCAAUCUACUCCAGUUUUCCACGGACCCUUCCAAUUACCUUUCCACAACACCCUUUGGUUUCCCCACCACUCCCCAAAAUUACCUCCCCUCAACUACACCACUGACGAUUCCCCCUCCUCUACUAACUAAAGCUCCUCCAACAGAAACCUCUUCAACUUACACCAGUCCUCUUGGAGCCCACCCCAUUUUUUCUACUUUCCAAGCUCCUCCAUGGAUUCAACCUUCCAGUCGCCACCUCUCAACUGAUUCCUCUUGUGGAUUCACUACCUCACCUAGCUCCAGCACCAGUGGGGAAAACCCAACUACAUUUCAGUCUUUUGCUUUCCCCCAGACUCUCCAUGACCUCCAGCUCCCCUCUAUGGAAUCAACUCCCUUUCUUCAAGGACGACACAACCACUUCCUUUUCAAGUCUUCCACAUCACCCCUUGGAUUCGACCACUUCUCCAAUUACCUCACCUAA